AUGGGGCUCCCGUAAGUCAUGUCCGCCAAACAUCUCGUUCGGCCCCGCCUGGCGCGUGGCCUGCGCUGCGCGAGCAUCGCGAACGAGCCACAUCGUAACUCCAGGCUAACGCGACGUGCGCCAAAGCAUCUGGCGCGAUCCAGAAGAGAAGAAAUCCGCCAGAAAUGUCGUCAAAGUAGAUGCGACCGCUGCCCUGCGGUCUUCUAUCCGUAGGCGGCCGUCGGUUCAUGGCCGCCGCACAAUCCGUACGCGCCUACCACGCGACCCUUCGCUCAUCCCGCCGCGAUUCCAACGCUCUCCGCCGCCAUCCUCAGGCUUCAAUGGGCUGCGCGAGCCCCGGCGCACAGAAGACAGAGGCGUACCGCCCAUCUCGAGCCUCCUCGAAGCAGCCAACAGGAACAGGGAUGGCCUUCCUCCGCCACCCGUCCCAGAGUCGCAUAACUAUGUGGUCGACCUGACCAUGACAGACGAGGAAGAAGAGCGAGGAGGACGUCGACAGCCUCAUGGCCGCUGGGAGUCUAGAGAGAUACGAGACGCCCGGCGUAAUCUCGCCGAGUUGCGCAAUCGCAGAGACGCCCUGCAGCGCCAGCGCGAUCGAAUCAGACGCGAGAACGAGGCUCUGGAGGACUCUGCAGAUGGGUUACGACGCUCGCCAACGCCUCCUGCAGAUAGGAACGAUCCCAGUGUACCCAUGCACACGAUCAUUCUCAAUCCCGGAGAGCCAUUGCGUAUAAUUCGCUCCCCAGAGCCUAUUCAUAGAAGAAACCGUCCCCAUUCGCGCAAUGAAUCAUCCUCUUCGAGACGAAGUGCGCUUCCAACGCCGCCGCUGGAGACAUCGGGCCCGGACGACGGAGAUCGCGAUAUGCCAACCCGGCGGCGAUCACAUCCUCUCAGCAAUACUUGGCGCGCAGAAUCUCCAGUCGACGGUCUGGGGGAUAGAAAUCGCAGUCCAAGCCCAGGGGACGGCUGGACUAUUACCAUCACACCAGACGAAACAUUGCCCAGUGCGGAGAGCAGCUUUGCCAGCACAGCGGCGAGCCAAUCUUUCAAUGCUUCGAGCAAUUCCACGCAGAUCACAGAGCCAGACGGCCUGAGCGUGAAUAGCAGCAGUCGUCGCGAAACGGAUAAUGGCGCGGAGCAGAGCGAUUCAGCUUCUUCAGUGGAUCCGGACGACUUGGUAUGCACGGAUGAGGAUAUGUUUAGUACGGAGGCAUUUGCGCAAGACAUGUAUUAUCAUGAAAUGCGCACUUCCGAGGGUCGAUCCAGGAUCGCAGCUCAUCAACGCUUGCGCGACGAAGAGGGCAACCGGUUUGCUCUCGCAGCCGAACCUGCGCUGGUGGACAUUGGCUUCAGGCUUAUCGAGGAGGCAUUAGAGACCGACGAAGGCCGCGAACGCAUCCUGCAGAUUCGUCAUACCGCGCCGGAGAAUGUCCAGCAUUUUGAAGACAUGCUCGCAGCAAGCAGGCGGGUUCGGAAUCGACGUCUACGACGGUCAGCUCGAGUUGAAGACAGUCCCGAGCCACCAAGACCUCGCCCAGACCGAUACAGUCAAGAGACUCGCGAUGUGAUUGAGGAGACGAGGAGUCAAGUUCACGACUACUUCCGCCGGUUUGGGGCAGACACGCUGCGACCGCGCUCGACUUCGCCGCCGCCACAGUACGAACCCCUUAACUCGCACCCUGAUGUGAACACUUUCACAUCUCGAGACGGACCUGAGCCUCAUCCCGUCAGUCCGCCGAGCCAGCGAAGCGAGCGCGAAGUAUCGGAUGCGCUGCUGAGUGGCGAUGUCCAGGAGCUCGAUUCCAUGCGCCGUAUCGUGGAAAGGCUAGCGGCGCGCGACGACGUACCCGAGGAAUGGUGGAUGUCCAUGGGGUUGAAUCUGUCCAGAACACGGCCAAGACAUCGAAGCCCACAUACCGCCAGAAGAUCGAGUCCCCGUGACGGUGAACUUGAUACUGUCCGAAGCGGCAGAGUCGAGCGCGGAAACCCGAGAUUAUGA